AUGAAGAAGUUUCAAACAAGCAGUUCAGUCUUGGCAGCAACCCUGCUAUUGCUUUUGAUUAGUACCUUGAGCUUUCAAUUGUUUUUGAUGGAAGGCUCGUCUUCUUAUAUUCACGCUGAGGAAACUACUACGACUUCAGCAAACGCACCUGGUACUGGUACCUCGACCAUUACCGAUGAGUUGGAACAAAUUUUGAAUUCGCAAGCAAGUGCUAGAGAGGAACAUCAAUUCCAAGCUGAGAUUAAUCAAUUACUAGGUAUUAUUAUCAACUCACUCUACUCGAACAAGGAUAUUUUCUUGAGAGAAUUAAUUUCCAACGCCUCGGACGCUCUCAACAAGAUUCGAUUCUUGAGCUUGACCGAUCGAAAGGCUCUCGAAUCCAAUCCAAAUCUUGAAAUUCGUAUUUGGGCCGAUCCAAAUGCUAACAUUCUCAAGAUUCGCGACACAGGUAUCGGAAUGACCAAGCAAGAUUUAAUGCAGAACCUUGGUACGAUCGCCAAGUCCGGCACCAAAGCCUUCAUUGAAAAGCUUCAAAAAGAAGCAGCUGCGACCUCUCCCGAUAAUUCUCUGAUUGGACAAUUUGGUGUUGGUUUCUACAGUGUCUUUUUGGUUGCCUCAAAGGUUGCUGUCACUACCAAACACAAUGAUGACAAGCAAUAUAUUUGGACCAGUACUGCCGACAACACUUUCACCAUUGUGGAGGAUCCAAGAGGUGACACUUUGGGACGUGGUACUGAGUUGACCAUCUAUUUGAAGGAUGACGCAAAGGAUUACGCCAACGUGUCCAAAUUGAAGGAUCAUAUUAAGAAGUAUAGCAGCUUUAUUCACUUCCCAAUUUAUUUGCAUGAAGUGAGAACUGAAGUUGAGGAAGUGCCAGUCGAAGAAGAAACUGCCUCUGCUCAAACGACCACAGAGAGUGAGACCAAACCUGAAGAUGAAACCAAACCAGAAGAAGUUAAAGUUGAGGAAGAAUCAAAGACUCCAGAAAAGAAGACCAAGAAGGUCGAGAAGACUGUCGAGGAAUGGAAGAUUAUGAAUGAACAAAAACCAUUGUGGUUGAGAUCACCAUCAAACAUCACCGACGAGGAAUAUAUUCAGUUCUAUAAGGCCAUGACUGGUCUCACUGAAGAUCCAUUGUUCUGGGAAUUAUUCAGUGCUGAAGGUCAAGUCGAAUUCAAGUCACUUCUCUAUUUCCCAUCGAAGGCUCCAUUCAACAUGUUUGACUUUACUCAAAAAGCCAAUAACAUCAAGUUGUAUGUGAAGAGAGUUUUCAUUACCGAUCAAGCAGUUGAAGAAUUGUUACCACGUUAUUUGAACUUUAUUCGAGGUUUGGUGGACAGUGAAGAUUUACCCCUCAAUGUCUCCCGUGAAACUCUUCAACACAGCAAAUUGUUGGCCAUGAUUAGAAAGAAGUUGUUAGCAAAGGCCAUUCAAAUUAUGAAUGAAUUGUCUGAGAAGGAUAAAACUGAAAGAAAGGAACGAAAAGAAAAGAAACAACAAGAGGAGGAGCAAAAGAAGGAAGACAAGAAGGAAGACAAGAAUCUCACCAAAUAUGAAAAGUUCUGGAAGGAAUUUGGAAAGAAUAUUAAAUUGGGAGUUAUUGAGGACGACAGAAAUCGUAACAAGCUUGUCUCCAUGUUGCGUUUCACUACUUCCAAGUCAACCGAUGAAGCCAUUAGUUUGGAAGAAUACGUUGAAAGAAAGAAGGAAAAACAAGAACAAAUUUACUUUGUCACUGGUCAAGAUAUGAAGGAUGUUGAAAGUUCUCCACUCUUGGAAGAAUUCAAAAAGAGAGAUUUGGAAGUUAUUUACAUGAUUGAUCCACUCGAUGAAUACAUGGUUCAACAACUCCACGAAUUCAAGAGCAUGAAAUUGCAAAAUAUUGCCAAGGAAGAUGUCAAAUUCCCAGAUGAAGAUGAAGAGCAAAAGAAGAAGGAAACAGAGGAGUUGACAAAGGAAUAUGACAGCCUCAUUUCUGUCAUGAACCUAUUAUUGAAAGAUAAGGUUUCAAAGGUCACCAUUAGUCGAAGAACUUCCAAUGCUCCAGCUGUUUUAGUUGCCUCUUCAUUUGGUGUCUCUGCGAACAUGGCUCGUAUCAUGAAGGCUCAAGCUUUGGGACAAGAACAAUCACACAUGGAUUGGAUGAUGAAAUUGAGAACUAUUGAAAUCAAUGCUAAUCACCCAAUGAUUCAAAACAUGAAUAAUCUUUUGAAGAACAAUGUCAAUGACAAUACCCUCACUGAAGCCAUCACUCUUUUGUAUGACACUGCUUCCUUAAUUUCUGGUUAUGACUUGGAAGAUAAGAAGGCCUUCACAGAUCGUCUUGUCAAUGUUGUGACCUCUGGCUUGUCCUAUAAGAAUGCUCAAGCUGAACAGAAGACCUCACCACCAGAAGUGAAAGCCACUGAGUUGCUGCUUCUUGUUCAACGUCGUCGAACCACAUUCCCCACAUUCUCACCACUUCUGCAACUCCUUCUUCAUGGAGCCAAGCAUUUGCUGAUCCCUUCUUCUCCAACACCAUUCAAGGCUAUUCCACCAAUCACGCUGCAUGGCUCUCUCAACUCACCUUCUCUUUCCGCAUUGAAACUUUCAUUGGAUCCAAAUAGUCUUCUCUUUGCUGUAGCGACCUCCAAUGAUUCCACCACCACCACCACAACAACCAAAACGGCAACAACAACAACCAAUCAAGAAGGUCAAUUAUUAAUGAUUGUGGAUCACCAUCAACAUGAAAACAAUACUACUCGUUCCGAUGCAUCCUAUUUAGCUUCUUUGGCAGCUGAAACUGGUUUAUGGAAAAUUCUCUUAAAAUUGCCAGUGACUACUGAUCGACCAAUGAGUGCCAUGAAUAAUGUUCUCACGGCAUUGUACGACUCGAAGAAGAAUAAUUAUUUUGUGUUGCGAAUGUGUCAAUCGGACUCUGUGUGCUUGGUGAAAAUUUCAUUACAAAAUUUAGAAACGAAUGUGUUCAAGUUUGACAGUUCGGUGAAAAUGGUGAGAGGUCUCGUCUUGUCCACUUCUUUCAAUACUAUUCUUGUGAGAAAUGUUAUUCUUGUACCCAAUGAAGAAGGAAAUGGAAUCGAUUAUGCCUACGCUUCUCUCUACUACACGGUCUAUAGAAUCAACAUGCAAAGUGGUGCCAUUGCUUCGAGCAUUUCCUUUUAUGGAUUAAAUACCAUGUACAUGCAUGUGGGACAUAUGGAAAUUCCAGGCUAUGUCACUGUCUUGAUUGUCACUGACAAGUUUGAGUACAUUCUCUCAUCUGGUGAUUUAUUGAAAAAUGUAGUUGGAAAACAUUUUCCUCUUUCCAUGAAUUGGUGUUCAUUACCCAUUGGAAAAUUAGACGUAGCCAUUGCGGAUCGAUAUUUCUUUAAGUCAAGUGUCCUGUGUUCCAAUUAUUCAUCGAGUACUAAUUCUGGAGGAGUUUAUUUCAUUUCGUAUUCGAUUGGAGCAGCUCGAGUUGGACAAAUUCCAAAACUUGGAGAACCCUAUGUCCAUUACCAAGUGAAAAAAGAUUUAAUUUUCACACAAGAGAAAAAACUUAACCAGUCACUCAAGAAUGGAAUUUUACACAACCUCAGAGAGAAUGAAAUUUUACAUACAACAACAAGAAGGGAAUUUUCUUCAACACCAUCAAGAAUGGUUUAUUUUGGACCAUUGGUGUCAGUUUCGAAUGAUCAUUCUGUUAUUGCUCUCUCUAAUCAACAUUCCUAUGAAUAUGUAGAUUAUAUGAAUAAGGUUAUUGAAAAGAAAAUUCCAAAACAAUAUUCAGCAACCUCACUCCCUCAAUUUGGUUUCUAUUCAUUAGGAAAUGGAAAAUUUUAUGCAUGUACUGAAGAUUUGGAUUGCCAAUCAUUCUAG